CUAACUCGUCUUGUGCUGCGGGAGUAUGACCAUCUACUAACGAAAGAUAAAAUAGAUGAAGAGGUAGAAGGCGACAAGCUGCAGCUUGAGAGGAGAGGAUAUUUUAUUUUCGACAAAGUCGAAGGCGACGCUCGCAUUUUCAUCAAAAUACCCGACGGGCGGACGAAGUCUAUGUCUGUCGUCAGCGCUAAGGUGGAUGCUGCAGCACUUGCAGGGAAGAAGAAGAAAUAA